AUGGCCAAACUCACGAUCGACUCGACAUACCGCAUGCCCUCGGGUUACGAUAUCCCAGUCCUAGGUUAUGGCGUCUAUCAGACGCCCGCUGAUGUCGCGUCGGAUGUCGUCGCGCAUGCCCUUAAAACGGGGUACCGCCAUGUCGACAGUGCGGUUGGGUAUCGCAACGAGGCCGCGUCCGCAGACGGCAUGAGGAAAUCUGGCAUCCCGCGCUCAGAACUAUUCUUCACUACCAAGGUUCCGCCAAGGCAGCUAGGGUAUGAGUCCGCAAAACAGCACAUUGCGAACUCACUCAAAGAAACCGGCUUCGACUACAUCGAUCUGUACCUCCUACACGCGCCGUAUGGUGGUAAGGAAGCGCGACUGGGAGCAUGGAAAGCGCUUGUCGAGGGGGUAGAGACUGGAAAGAUUCGCUCUAUUGGCGUGAGUAAUUAUGGAGUGCAUCAUAUGGAAGAGCUGGAGAGCUGGAUCAAGAGCACGGAGGAAAAAGAGGGUAAGGGGAAGGGUGGAGUGUUGUCAGUCAAUCAGGUGGAGUUGCAUCCAUGGCUGGCGCGCAAGGAUAUCGUCGACUGGUGUAAGAAGAGGGGGGUCAUUCUCGAGGCAUAUAGUCCGCUUGUGAGGGCGACCAAGAGUGACGACCCUUUACUGGUUCCCCUCGCCAAGAAGUACAACAAGACCACGUCCCAAAUUCUCCUCCGGUGGAGCUUGCAGAUGGGCUUCGUGCCGCUCCCGAAAUCCGUGACGAAGUCGAGAAUCGAAGAGAAUGCGGACCUGUAUGACUUCGAGUUGACGGCGGAGGAUAUGAAGAGUCUGGAUACUGGGGUAUAUGAGCCUUGCGCCUGGGAUCCGACGACGAGCACAGAUUAA